UAGGAUUAUUGAUAACAUUGUGUCUAUGGAAGGUAUUCCUUCAUCUCCAGUGAUUACUGGUAAUGUAACAUCUCCUGGUGUACUAGUAUUAAGAGUGCGUACAAUGUAUCCUGGUGAUACUAAUAUUAAGUUUAUUGUUAAUACUACUAACACAUCUGAUGAAUCUAUAAAUUCUACUACACAUCAGUUCAAUGGUUAUGAGGCUAAUAGUAUUGUUGAUAUUAGUAUUAGUAUACCUAAUGGUGGGUCAGUAUCAGUCAGUAUAGUAACCAUCAAUCAAUAUGGUUCUUCAGAUGUUCUUAAUCAUCCUCAAAUCUUUACUAUUGAUCCAAUAUCCACUACUACCACUACUGCAUCAUCCACAUCAACUGCAGGUUCAUCUACUCCAUCAGUAAGCCCUACUGCUAGUAUGACUGCUACUAUGUCAGAGGCUAUGUCUAGUACUCCUUUACCUACUGGUACUACUACACCAGCAACUGUUGAUAGAAGUGGUUUGUCUGCUGGUGCUAUUGCUGGCAUCAUUAUUGCUGUUAUCAUUCUAUUGGCUGUUGUUGUGCUAAUUGGUCUAAUUGUGUUCUAUGUCUAUUAUAAGAACAGAGGUGGAUCUUAUCAAGUGGAUAGGCCUGGGAAAAAGGGUGGAGUCACAGUUGAGGAGCUAGACAUUGACAUUGGAACUGAAUUGCAAGACAAAUCCACCGAACUACCAAAACCGUCUGAAUCAAAACCUCCCGAGUUGCAUUAUGCUGAUUUAGCAGACUUUUCAAGGAAGCCUCCAGCUGCAGCUGCUGAUAAACCUGAAGGAUCCGUCACUAAACCAACACCAAUUGAAGAAGUACAAUAUGCUCAAAUAAAGCCUCAAGCGAAGCCUAAGGACGAUGCUCCUAAUCCUGCUUCUGAUAUUUUAUAAAAGCACACACAAGACAGUCUCCUCCCUCUCCCCCUCUCUCUCUCUCUCUCAAUACUGUGUGUGGUGUGCAAUAGCAAUAUUAUUGAUCAUAAUAGGUGUUGGUUAUUUUAUUUAAUUUUUAUUAUUUUUUGCCGAUAUUUUUUUACCAUAAUUAUAUGCAGAACCAUCAUCUCAUUCAUUAUUAUUUUUUAGUAAUUUUUAAAAAUGUCUUUUGUAGUUUCGUGAGGUGAUUUGUUUUUAGCUGCAAUUUUUGCUAUUUUAUUUAAUUCUUUUUUUAAGUCUUUUUUAAUUUUCUUAUUUUUUCAGCUGAUUUUGUUUCAUUACGACUUUUACAAUAAAUAAUUAUUAUGGUAA